CUUUGGCCACCAUCUGAGCACUAACAGAACAAAAACAUGAAGCUGCUGAUUUUUGCUGCUGUUCUGGCCGUGGCCGCCGCUGCUCCGUCUGACCUCGGCUAUGAAGAUGACAUCAUCGAAAUCCUCAGACAGAACAUCGACCACAAUGACGAUCACUCUUAUGAACAUUCUUUCGAGACCGAGAACGGCAUCUCGGUGUCGGAGUCUGGCGAGACGGAAGAUGACGACAGCUACAGUGUGAGCGGCCAGUUCAGCUACGUGGCCCCCGACGGCGUCACCUACACCGUGGUGUACUCGGCCGGCGAGGGCGGCUUCCAGCCGCAGGGCGACCACCUGCCCACCCCCGUGCCCACCGAGUACCCCACCCCUGAGGUGUCUGAUGAAGACGACGACGAGGAGACAUAUGAAGCCCCGCUGAGGAGGAGGAGAGGAGGAGGAGGAGAUGAGGAGGAGGUCCGUGCUUCCUACGAGCCUCAGUAUGAGCGUGUGAUUGUCGGCUACAGGCCUCGCUACAACUAG